GAAAAGGAAAAGAGAGGAGAGAAGAAAGAAAAGGAAAAGACUCAAACUUUGAGAAACAUCUUCAUUCUCUUCCUCCCUUUUUAUCCUCGUUUUUUUCAAUUCGCGUGAAGAGAGAGAGAGAAGAGAGAGGUAAAGCAAGAAGAGAGUCCACAUUAUUCUUCGAUUACGAAUCUUUGUUCCAGAUCGUGAAGAAGAAGAAGAAGUUGGAAGAAUGAAGAUGAUGACUAUUGGCUUUCCCUGUUCGUCCUUGUUUCAGCCCUAAUUCUGCAGAAUUUGGAUCUUUUAAAAAAAAAUUGUUUUUGUGGGUUGGAGCUGCUGAUUCCGGUUGAUUAAAGGUUUAGGGUUUUGUAAUCUGAGUUUGGUGAUUAUCAAUGGAGCCUCGUGUGGGAAACAAAUAUCGUCUUGGUCGGAAGAUCGGAAGUGGUUCAUUUGGAGAGAUCUAUCUUGGUACUCAUAUUCAAACGAAUGAAGAAGUUGCAAUCAAGCUGGAAAAUGUGAAGACGAAACAUCCACAGCUGCUCUAUGAAUCGAAGUUAUACAGAAUUCUACAGGGAGGAACUGGUGUACCAAAUGUGAAGUGGUUUGGUGUUGAGGGUGACUACAAUGUUUUGGUGAUGGAUUUACUUGGGCCUAGUCUUGAAGACUUGUUCAAUUUCUGUAGCAGGAAACUUUCCUUGAAGUCAGUACUCAUGCUCGCAGAUCAAAUGAUAAACCGUGUUGAGCUUUUCCAUUCAAAAUCUUUCCUUCACCGAGAUCUUAAGCCAGACAAUUUUCUUAUGGGUUUAGGGAGGCGCGCAAACCAGGUAUACAUCAUCGACUUUGGUCUUGCUAAGAAAUACCGAGAUAAUACUACCCACCAGCACAUUCCUUAUAGAGAAAAUAAGAAUCUCACUGGAACUGCAAGGUAUGCUAGUAUGAACACUCACUUGGGAAUUGAGCAAAGCCGAAGGGAUGAUCUAGAAUCUCUUGGUUACAUUCUCAUGUAUUUUCUUAAAGGAAGUCUUCCCUGGCAAGGACUUAAAGCUGGAACCAAGAAACAAAAGUAUGAGAGAAUCAGUGAAAAGAAAGUCUCGACAUCAAUUGAGUCCUUGUGCCGUGGUUACCCAUCUGAAUUCGCAUCUUACUUCCACUACUGCCGUUCGCUUCGAUUUGAUGAUAAACCAGAUUAUAGUUAUCUCAAAAGAAUAUUCCGGGAUCUCUUCAUUCGCGAAGGGUUUCAAUUCGAUUAUGUCUUUGACUGGACCAUAUUGAAAUAUCAACAGUCACAACUAACAGCUCCUCCAUCCCGUGGCUUAGUAAAUCCUGCGGUUGGAACUAGUGCGGGUUUGCCUCCCGGACUAACCAGCAUCGAUAGAUACACAGGCGAGGAAGAAGGAGGGAGACCACCAAUGGAUUCAUCACGAAGGAGAAUGUCAGGAGCUCUUGAAAACUCUGGCAACUUGUCAUCAAGAGGCCCAAUGAUGCCAAGCUCGUCGCUGUUUGCACAAUCAGCAGGAUCAUCAAGGAGAGUAACGUCAGAAGAGCUACAAAGAUGCCGUACCGGGGCCGGAUUAAGAAACUCUCCGGUGAUUACAACGUCGGAAGGGAAGAGAUCUUCUUCAACCAGAAAACAUUAUGAUUCUGCAAUCAAAGGCAUUGAGACCCUCCAAGUCUCCGACGAAAGGUUUCACCACCACUGAUCCAUCCAUCGCUUAGCGGAGUUGUCGUAUUUUGUUCAGAGCUUUUUCUUAUAUAUUACAAAGCUUUCGACUCUUAAAUAUUGGAGAAACGAGAAAAGUUCGCUGAUUUUUUUUUGUUUUCGUCUUUUUAUUUACUUUUUCUAAAUUUCAUUACUACGAAGUGGAAAUUAAAUUCAGUGUUUUGCAAUUGGAUCAUCGUAUAUAUUAUUAAGCUAUAGUAGCUUUUAGCAUCA